CUUAAGUGUGGCAAUUUUAAAUUGCAAAUUACUUUUCGGCCGAAUUUAAUACUCACAAUUACCGUCUGUGUGCCGCGGCGGAGGAGGGAACAAUUAUACUAAUUAGCGAUUCACUGCCUGGGGCCCCUGCUGCCGCGGGGAGUAAUACUAUUAAAUUAACAAUUAAUAGCUGCUGAAUUGCGCUAGCAGCCGCUGCAAAUUAAACCAGGAAGGGGAAGCACAGGCAGCCAGGCAACCUAGGGGUCACUCAAUCGGUCGGAGCUUGGGGGUUAAUUUGCCUAAAUCCCCCCUCACUUAACAGCUGGGCCUUUCUGGUCACAGCUAGCCUUCGCGAAGUGGUUAACAAACAGUGUGCAAUUGGGCAGCAAGUAGUUUAGGUUCAUUGGGGAAUGUGGUGACCGUUGGAUAUUAAUUAAUAAUUACUAUCCGUUAUAUAAUAAUAAUUAUUGAGUUGGGAUAAAUAAUAAAUAUACUUAAACUUAUAUAAAAGCAGAGAAUCAGAUAUAUAACUACUAAAUAGAACAUAGUAGCAAUAUAUUCAAAUAGCAAAGAAAACCGGUAUAUAUAUACAUACAUAAUUGUAUAAAUAUCUGAACAAGUUUCUGCGAAAGUGUCUAUUUAGCUCAAGCAUUUAAAACUUGGAUAAGCAGGUAUGGCUUCUGGCGGAAACCAGCAGUCCUCCACUGGCAGCAACCAGCCGGCCCCCUCCACAAGUAACGAUGGCGCUCAGACAGCAGUUAUAACUUGUGAUCCGCAAACUUUAAGUCAGUUUUUCAGGGUGUUCGAAACUCUUUAUAGACAGUGUAGACCUGGGUCGUCGGCGUUGCCAGCGCUAGAGCCAAUGCAGGACGUAAUACCUGAUACUCCACCCCCCAACCGGGGCCUGUCAGAUUCCUCAGCCGCAGCGACGGCCGGGGCCCAACAGCGUCCAUCAGCAGCUGGUGCCCAGGCGCCUGCACCGACAGCCGGUGCUCAGCCAGAUGCCACAGCUAGUGGGCGAUCCAGUACGCGGGCGCAAUCUGCCCGCUCUAGAAAAUCCACGCAGGCUACCAGUAAGGGCAAGGCCCCAGCAAAGGGCAAAGGUAAGGGGAAGGCACCCAAGAAAGGGAGCGGCGGUAACACCGUCUCUCAAGCUAUAGGUACGCCAAGUGUCUUUCAGGAGCAGCAGGUGCACAGUUCCACCGAGGACAGUGCGGGUUCUGGCUCCGAAGGGGAACCGGUGGAGAAUCAGCCAUCUCGCUCAGCGGCCGACGCCAACGCCAGUAUGCCGCAAGGGGGUAAGAGGAAGUCCAAAAAGAAGCACACGUCGGCUAAGAAGAAGAGGAGCAGGCAUUCGGACACCGAGGAGGAGGAAUCAGGUACGUCCUCUUCAGAUUCUGAUUCUGAAGGGCCUAUGGAUGGUUAUUGGGGUAUUGGGGAGUCGAAUCAUGGGAUCCCCCUAUGGGCUCAUGAAAGGAGGGCCAAUUCCCACCGUAAGGUUUUUAACGGGGUGCUGUAUUGGAAGGAUGGGGCAUUGGUGGAGGACGUUAAGGUUGCUACCAAUCAGCCCACAGACUUCAUUCUGGGAAACCACUUAUCACAAAGGAAGAGGAAUAAAAUCCUCAAUGGGGAUUACGUGGAUUUGUUUACCCUACUCCCCCCAACAAAAAUUACAGGAAAAGGUGAGAAAAGACGCUCUUAUGGCAGAAGGAGGUAUAGAACGCCCAGGGCGGAACGCACAUUCGAGAAUUGGUUAGACGGGUACCAGGUUUUUAUGGGUGUAGUUUGUGCAGCCUAUCCCCACCGCGCCAUGGAUUUAGUGGCUUACCAGGCUCAUGUGAGGCGUGCGCGGGCUCUGGCAGGCGAAAGUGCUGCAUUGACGUACGACGAGAACUUCCGAAGGAAUGCUUCUCUCCACCCCACCACUCGAUGGGACCUCACAGAUCCUAACUACUGGGGCGAGGAUGUAAACCCCUACAUCGAGAAGAAAAGUCAGGAGGCAGCGAAAGUUGGUAAGAUUGAGCCAAAGAAACGUCGGCAAUGCUGGGAGUUUAACAGGGGUGUAUGCUCUCGCCCCUUUUGUAAGUAUUUACACGAAUGUGAGCAAUGCUGGGGUAAUCACCCCGCUUCCGCGUGCUUCAAAAAUAAGCAUCAGCCCUUUCGGGGGGGCAGGGGGUACUUCCUUAACAAUCCCAGAGGUUCCCCCGGUGCAUCCCGUCAAGGUCCCAGCAAUCGCCAGUAACACCGACCUAGGUUUGGCAUU